GAAGCCGAUUUUGACACGAUUUAAAAAAAAAGAAACGUUAUAAGCCAAGUCCAACGAUGUCCUUCGCGAAUGGAAACGAUGGACAAGAUGUGUACCAUUAUUCCAGCUAUGGACCACCUCAAACUAUGUUUGGACACUCUGGAUUUGUUACAGACGGAUCUAAUAUUGGUCCUAGUGAAGAAUCAAAUUUUUGGUCGAGUAGUCCACGUUCGGAUUCGCCAUCGCCAAGCGGUCCAAUUGAAAGUCCAGUUGUUGGACCUUAUCAAAUAUACACACCCAUAACUUAUUCUCAAAACGAUUGUCACUCAAAAUUUAAACAAACCUAUAAUGUAAUGUCCCAAGAUAACGAUAUGGAUCGUUUAAGAACGCCGUAUAUUCGAGUUGUAAAAAGAAGAAAUACUGCUAAUAAGAAAGAACGACGUCGAACUCAAAGUAUUAAUAAUGCCUAUGCAGAUUUAAGAGAUUGUAUACCAAAUGUUCCUGCUGAUACCAAAUUAUCCAAGAUUAAAACUUUAAGACUAGCAACUUCAUACAUUUCUUAUUUAACCGAAGUAUUAGAAACAGACGAUCCAGCGGGGGGUUUCCGGGCGGAGUUAACAACACACGGGCGAAAAUCAACAAAUUCAUCACACAUCCAAGUCAACGAGUGCACAUCAGGACAGAUUUCCCCGAAAAGCGACACUUCGGAAGAUAUGAUCAGCACAAUAAGAAGGGCAAAAGGGCGUACAGGUUGGCCACAACACGUGUGGGCGUUGGAGUUGAAACAAGAACAGCCGCUAUGAAAAGGGGGAUGUAAAUAUCUUUAUAACGUGGAAGUAUAUCUUUAGAGUCAUUUAAUUUGUAGAUAUUUCCUCAAACUGUAUAUAAUAUAUCUAUUUUCGUGCCGCUCCGGUCUAACACAUGGCCCUACCGAGUCUCACCUUAACUACAGGCCUUGUAUAUAUACAGUGAGCGGCGAAUAAAAAAUAAAAUAAGAGGAAAAUAGCCCACCUUUCUUCAAACGAUAUUUAUUUUUAAAUGUAUCAGUAUUAUAUUAUUAUUAUUAUUAUCAUAAUUAUAAUCUACUUAAUUGGAGGUGUUUGACUCUUAAAAUUUGUAUAUGUUUGUUUUCCUUUUUUAUGAUAUUGAUAAAGUAUGCAUGCGUUUAUAAAUCGAAAUGAAUUUAGAUGAGAUUAAAUAAAAAUCGUUA